GCUACAAUGAGCAGCUUCUUAGACUACUCGGUGAUGAGCGGUGAAAGUGGCUCGUGCUCUGUCAGGGCUUUCCACUCGGACCACGGGAUUACAACUUUCCAGUCCUGCGCGGUUACCGUCAACAACUGCGGUGCGGAUGACCGCUUCAUGGCGAGCAGGGCUUCCCCUGACGGCAUCCCUCACCAGCCGGGGUCAUACCCGCCUACUGCGAGCUCGCUGGGUCUCACCUAUGGGGCCCAUCCGGCCUGCAGCUCCAGCUAUGGACCCCAAAGUUUCUGUACGACCUAUAACCAUUACGCGCUUAACCAGGAAGUAGACUCCUCAGCGGGAUUCCCUCAGUGCGGCCCACUGAUGUACUCGGGUAACAUUUCCUCCUCCAUGGUGUCUCAGCAUCGCCAGAGUUACAGCGCCGCCCCCCUGGGUCAACUUCAGUAUGCCCACCCUGCUUACGGCGGCGGGCACGAGCAGGCGUUUCCUGGGUGCUCGAACCCACUGUCGCCACUGCACGCGGCGCACCUGGAGGCUUGCUGUUCACCUCUGUCUGAGGGCGCGUCUUCUGCACAGACCUUCGACUGGAUGAAAGUCAAGAGGAACCCCCCAAAAACAGGCAGGUCCGGGGAAUACGGUUACGGGGGUCAGCCCAACACGGUCCGGACCAACUUCACCACCAAGCAGCUGACGGAGCUGGAAAAGGAGUUCCACUUCAACAAGUACCUGACCCGUGCGCGGCGCGUUGAGAUCGCGGCCGCGCUGCAGCUGAAUGAGACUCAGGUGAAAAUCUGGUUCCAGAACCGGAGGAUGAAGCAAAAGAAGAGGGAGAAAGAAGGGCUGCUGCCGGCCAAGGCUUCAUCCUCCUCAGACCCGGGGGAGAGAAUUCAAGAGAAAAUGGACGAUGCGGACUCAGAGAAGUCUGUCUCAGCUCCAUCUACUCCGUCACCCACAUCCUCCACGGUGUCUUCCACGGGGGCUGAUCCUUACUCCUCCAACUGAGAAGCUACUGCCUCUUUACCUCCUGGGCCACAGACGGCCUGUAUAUAUCGACGUUCCUACCCAGUGUAUCGAAACCAAAGUCCUGGUUGAUGGAUGUGGACAUUCAAAAUGAGUUAAUGCACUAUUUGAGACUUUGGACAUAACGUGGACAAUUUCUGAGUUAUAGAUUUGUUUUAUAUUGUGUGUUGUGUUCACAAGAACGAUGACAAAUGUAGGCCAUGGUUCAAAAA